AUGUCGACGAACGAACACGAGGAUCGAAAUUACUGUCGCAUUUGUCCCGAUCACACCAUGUGCUUGUUCCCUUCUGACUGCGAGAGCGCGGACUGCACUGACAUGGAGAACAACGAUCUCGACGAUGUGGAUAUCGAGACUGUACUGGUCAGUCAUAAUCUUUAUCGCGUCGCUAUUGCGAAUGGCAAGGAGAGCCGCGGAAAUCCCGGACCGCAGCCCGCCGCAAAGAUCAUGAUGGAAUUGAUCUGGGACGACGAACUCGCCGCUAUAGCGCGUCGAUGGGCGUUGCAGUGCAACCUCUUCGAGAAGGAUCAGUGCCGAGACGUUGAACGAUUUGGAGUGUGGCAGAAUGUGAAUGCGCUCGACAUGGACAGCGUGGAAAAUAGCACGAGUAGAGAAAGAAUUCACUUUCAUAUCGCAUCAUGGUACGACGAGGUGGAAGACUUCGACAAUGCGGAAGUCGGACUAGUCAACUAUUCUAGCGCGGCGUGGCAACUCUCCUCGUACAUUCCCCUCGCAUCGGCUACGUUCAUUUACGUUGGUUGCGGCCGCGCGAUUUACACGCUUGACUUGAGCAAGACCGCGGCGACGGUCGGCGAGUUUGGGAAUCGGGUCGAAGUACUCGUGUGUAAUUACGGACCCGUCGAUCGCACCGCACCCCAACAACUCUACAAGCUCGGCCGACCGGGCCUGUGCCCGCUCGGGACCCUUCCCAGCAACCGUUACCAGUCCCUCUGCAGAACGAUGCAAGAUUCGCCAUUUCUGAACAAAUCAAGUCGAAGAUCGCUAGCGAGGAACGAGCAACAGAUAAGCAAUUGUACAUCUUCUACUGUCCAUAUUGUCUCUUUGAGCCAGCUAUUGUUCUAUAUAAUCUCGCUAUGCUUAACGUUUUGAUUAUAUCAUUGUAACGUAGAUAAGCUAAUUAAACAUCACAUUUUAAGAUAAUCCAAAAUAUUAAGCUAAUAUGCAACUAUCAGUUACAUACUGUUAUCAAAUGUCAGGUGUAUCUAAAUUAUAAUGCAUACUGUGUGAAUUUGAAUAUGCAAUAAUGUCAUUGUAAUCUGAGUAAAUGUAGCAUUGCUGUUAUGAUCACGAGUAAAUUGUGAGUAAAAUUGUCAGUAACAAGUAGUCGAUGAUUUAACAAUUAUUAGUUUAUAAAUUAUGGAAAUGUGAUAAAUAUGUGGGAAUAUAUUACAUUACGAAAUUGACUACGGAGGAUUUUAUCAUAAAUAGCCUGAAUUAAAUCUAAAUUUAACGCCUACUAAUUAAAUUUACAUUUAUCUUCGUUUCUAUCAGAAAAUGAAAACUAAUUUAUCAUUUAUUAUGUUUUCUGAAAUUUUACGAUUCAAGAUAAACAAAAUUAUGUCUUGAUAAAUUGAGAAAAACGAGAAGUUUCAAAACUCGCUUUUAAUUUUAUAUUUUCUUCAGGCUUUUAAAAUUUUUAAAUUUGGUUUAUCAAAAUUACGUGAUUAAUUAAUUAGUUCAAAUUUUAUUUAAGAUAAUGGACCUGUCUCUUUAAAAAGAUAAAAUUUCUAAAUCCUUUUUAAACUUGUACAUACCUUUUAUCACAUAUACAUACGUGUAUUGUUUUAAAUAUCCAUUAGUAAAUAAUCGAGUAAAAUGAAAACUAAUUUGACUCACCGAUUCGCAAUGUGCAGCAGCGGAAUUUGUAUAACAUAU